AGUAGGUAGUGCACGAGUGAGUGAUAUGGCGUACAAGAUAUUUUUAUUUAGUUGUCUCAUAGCUGCUGGCAGCGCUGGCAGUGUCCAACUGCAGACCUCUGCACCAGCUGUAGGCCCUUCUCCUCAGAUCCAUAUCACCGCUACACCUGCCGUUCAAUAUUCUGCUCAGGUCCCUCAUCAAGGAGCUGUGAUUAUUCAACAAGCACCAUCUUUACUUCAAAAUGCCGCUCUAAUCCUUUCACAAGCUGCUCCAAUAUUACAAGCACCACAAUUGAUCCAUCAAACACCACAAUUGGUUCAUCAAGCACCACAAUUGGUUCAUCCAGCACCACAAUUAGUUCAACAAGCAGCGCCAUACAUCCAACAAGCUGCGCCGUACAUCCAGCAAUCUGCACCAAUAUAUCAGCAACCGGCUCCAGUUCUUCAACAACACAAUCCAUUUCUGCAAUACGCAGUACGAAUAGCUGUUCCAACGGCUCAGUAUGCUCAAAACCCCCCGCCUCCACAGCCUGCAAUUCAGUACGCACCCCAGGAAGUGCAAAUAUCUCAAAAACAAAUUCAACAAGAAUCACCUGUACCGAUUCUUCAAUAUUCUGCCCAACUACAAGCGCCAACUCCAUUUCAAAUAACUCGCAAUCCUGUACAGAUUAUAGCUAAAGCAGUUCCACAAUUUACACCCUCAGUUCAAUAUGCGGAACAAGACACUGGCUCAGUUGAAGAUUCAGAUAUAGUAGACCAGUACGACGAACCUUCUCCAGAAGCGUUAGCACCUAUAGUUGCAGCUCCUGAAGCUCCAGCUCCUGUACACUAUGCCCCAAUUGUCAAAGCAGCUAAAGUGACGAAGGUUAAGAAACCCGAUCAUUUCGACCACAAUCCUGAGUAUAGCUAUGGAUAUGACAUUGAGGAUGGACAAACGGGAGAUAGUAAGAGACAGAAUGAGCAAAGGCAAGGAGAUGUGGUUCAGGGUAGUUAUUCUGUAGUGGAUCCAGAUGGUCAUAAAAGAACAGUAGAAUACACUGCGGAUCCAAUUCAUGGUUUUAGCGCAGUUGUUAGAAGGGAACCGGUUAAUAUUAAAAGUUCGAGACCUGUGAGACGUAGUAGGAAGUAUAAAACAAGAGAGUGAAAUAAAAGUUACCAAAGUUUGUAGGAAUAUAUUGUGAUAUUAAAAAAGUGGUGAUUUUUUAAGGUAGACCAUAUUAUAUAUCGAAUUGGUACAAAGGUGUAAUAGAUAUUCAUGGUGGCCUAAAAACACUUUGAAACUUAAAACGUCUAUAGGUUAUAGGUCUAGUCAAUAAAUAAAUGUAUACAAAAUGUACAUAAUAUAGGUGUGUCAUAAAAUUUCUUAUUUUCAAAUAUAAAUUAUUUUGAAUCAAAGUAAUAAAAUAAUACUUAAAUA